AUGGGGCUGAAGAUGGGUGAAAGAUACGUGAUAACCGUAGGUAUUAUAUUUCUGUCAGCGGUCUCGUUUCUUUCACUGUAUCUGCUCCCAUCUAGCGGCACCGAUGAGUUUCUUGGUAGAGAGCAUAUCGUGCCUCACGUCAGAGAUCUCGAAGCACGGAGGCUCAUGCAAGAAAAACAAGCUGCAGAGCUACAGAGAAAAGCGGAAGAAGCCGGAAUCGUUGCACCACCAAUCCCCAAGCCGGAAAUUGCGGCAGGACAUUCCGCCUCUGUGUUUGGAAUGGGAGACAUGGGAGCAACGAUAGUGGAUGCAAUCGAUACACUUGUGGAUUAUGGGUUUGAAGGAAGACACAGCGAAUUUAUGGUCUUAUUCUGUAGAAAGGUCGACUACCCGUUUUUUGAAAACCGAAGCAUUCGUUUCAUGAGUUUGUUAUCCAUCUAUGCCCUCACAAAAGAUAAGAUGUAUGUAGAAAAAGCGGAAGAAAUAGCUAAGCUUCUCCUGCCUGCAUUCGAUACUCCUACGGGGAUCCCUUAUGCUGUAGUCAAACGUGGUUACAGGUAUUUUGCAAAUCUUCAUGGGAGUCGAGUAAUGCAUAAGAUGGAGCAUUUGGCUUGUUUUUCGGGAGGAAUGUUUGCGCUACAGUCAGCAAAUGAGCCCAACGCUAGUGUUGCGAAUCAUUACUUGGAUCUCGCCGAAAAGAUAGCCCAUACAUGUCAUGAGUCCUACAUCCGUAGUGCUAUUGGAAUUGGUCCAGAAGCCUUCCGAUUUACUGUAGACAGUGAGGCUAAAGCUGUAGCCAAUAAUGAAAAAUACUACAUAUUGAGACCUGAGCUGUCGAUAACCAAAUUUCAAUUUUUUACACGAUUUUUGAGUUCAAGUCUUGAAAUACAAACCCAGGUGGUUGAAACAUGGUUCUACCUCUGGCGCAUCACAAAACAAGACAAAUAUCGGGAAUGGGCUUGGAAUGUAGUGCUAGCUUUGGAAAAAUAUGCAAAGGUGGAAGGUGGUUAUUCUGGAAUUCGAGACGUUUACAGCGUUCCAGUGCAACAUGAUGAUGUACAGCAGUCGUUUUUAUUUGCCGAACUUUUCAAGUAUUUGUAUUUAAUAUUCGCUGAUGAUAAUGUUUUGCCACUGAACGCAUGGGUAUUUAAUACGGAAGCUCAUCCAUUCCCUAUUCGCAAGCAAUAA